AUGGUUGAAGACUCUAGCUUGAAUUCAAAUAAAUCUAAGGUCAAAACAACACGUCCAAAAGCAGUAUAUUUAUGGACAGAGGCUGACGUACAAAAAUGGCUUAGUCGUCACUGUAGUGAUUAUUAUAAUUUAUAUUGGGAAAGGUUUCAUGAGCAUGAUAUUACAGGAAGGGCUUUAGUCCGUAUCAAUGAUAACACAUUGCUUAGAAUGGGAAUAACUAACAAAGAACAUAGAGAAGCCAUUUGGAGAGAGAUAUUAAAGUUGCGACUCAAGACUGAUAUAGUUGAAAUAAGAGAUUUAGAGAGAAGACACUACUAUUUUAAUUAUGACUUG